CCUCAAUAAUCAGCAGCCAAGAUGGCGUUGAGAGAGCUGUCCUCGUUGGAGAAAUUUCUUGGAUUAAAAAAGCCUAAUAAAUACAGCACACAGGGAGACAGAAAGGCUCCUGUUCUCCAGAGCAACAGUGGACCUGGUCUGGUUGGACUGGUGACUAUCGCCACCCACCUGACCCAGGAGGCGAAGAGACCUGACCUGUUGGGCAAAUCCGCAGAGGAGAGAGCCGUGGUACAACAGUGGCUGGAGUACAGAGUUGCCAGGCUAGAGUGCUGUGCAAAAGAGGACAUCAAGAGCAUACUGAAGGAUCUGAACACAUACCUGGAGGACAAAGUUUACCUGGCAGGGAAUCACAUCACCAUCGCCGACGCACUCAUGUACUAUGGCCUGCACCCCGUCAUCAUGGACUUGGCCGUAAUGGACAAGGAGAAGUACCUGAACGUGACGCGGUGGUUCGACCACGUGCAGCACUACCCCGGUGUCCGCCACCACCUGCCCCCUGUAGUGGUCUUGAGGAACAGAGUCUACACCAGCGGCCACCAUUGACCUCUUCCCCCCCCCUUUCCUCCACACACACACAUGCACCCCCGACCACCUCCACCCUCAACACAUACCCCCAUCGUCCAAAGCAAAAGGGGGUGGGCAUCACGGAUGAGGCCACUAUGUGGUUGAAGGGGCCGGGUGAUUUGGCUGCUGACUGGCUUUGUGGAGGGGGGGGGUUAUCUGAAGGCAUAUUCCAUCCUAACCUGCUUAGCAUCCCCAACUUAAUUAUCAUGGUCUAUGGUCUGCCUCCCCAAGGGUGGAGGAAGAAGGCAAGCUAGUACACAAUAGUGUUCUCCAAGCUGAUGGUCUUGUGUUUAGUUCGUAUGCCAAUAGUGUUGUUUUCGUUUUGUUUUUGUCAUUGGAAACCGUGUUGUUUUUGUUUUUCCUUUAGUGUUUUUGUGUUAACUUAUGUUUGCAAAGAUGGCUAUAUGGCUGUUAGGAUGCCACUACACAAGGGACUGCUAGGAAUAACAAUGGCCAUUAGAUGUAUUGAGGUUUGUCUACAUCUGAGCCUGAACCAGAUGUGAAAAGAGGAAAACCGGUCCACAGUGGGAACAAAUUGCCUUGUUACCUCUUUUUCUCUCCUUUUUUCAUCUUCCAAGUCAAAUCUGACAGUUUGGCUUUCUCUGUUACAACUGAAAGACAGCCAGGCAAUCUUGGCCAGUGCACACACACGUGCUAUGACACAAAUAUCCCACUACAUCUGCAUCUAGGAAGCCUCAUACAUCUCAGCCUCUCACAUGCCUUUACCCCACUCCCUAUCUGUCUCCAUUUCAGUACCGCCGUCCCUCUCUUUCUCUUGCGUACCCACUCUUCUCUCUCGCUCCAUCUCUGUCUUUCUCUCUAUCUCUCUUGCUCUAUCUCUCUCUCUCUCUCUCUCUCUCUCUCUCUCUCUCCCACCAUCCCUCUCUCUCUCCCUCCCAGUCUCCCACCACUCGUGUGGGCAGUAGCCUGUAGUUCCGAUCAGUCGCUUCGGCUCGACUUGGCCUGUGUGUUUAUGCUGAGGGCCAGAGGCCAGCCUGCAGCGCCAGCUGUGGUUGAGGAACAAACGAGAGACCGAGAGAGAGCGAAUGCAGCAGAUAGCUAUUGCUGCCGUUGCUAACGUCCGCCGGGUUGCUGCGGGUGACGUCCACGCAUCGUGUGUCAUUUCAUUUUACCCACGUCCCCCCUGGCCACACCGUGGGCUGGGAAAUCCGCCAGUGACACAACAACAAGCCCCGGCGCAGACGCGCUUCCCUCUCUCUCUCUCCGAAAACAAUGGCCUCACUCGGCUGCAAGGUUUUUUUUUUUUUUAUUCAGCGUCGGAAAGGCUGGGAGCGCCUGCUCCCAAUGGCUGAGCCGAACUUCGCUUGAAAUGCUCUGGAGUUCAUAAGGCCAGCUGUCAUCUGCUGAUAACCAGCGAAAUGCAUUCUUUAGGCUAGACAAUGUGAUAUGAGCAACCAGAGCUCAAGCCAUGAAGUCAUGAAUAAUGUAACAAUGGUUCAUUUGUUUGUGAUAUAUAUUUUUUGGUAUGGGUUAGAUAGAUCCCUUGUUAUCAUAUGAAGGCAUUGUACUGUGCAGUACGGCUAGCAUUGUCAUUGUGUAGGAUUUUACAUGCCUUUCGUGUAGCACAUGGCCAAUAAGGUUCAGAGUCGGUCUGUCCCCUUUCGUUGUGCAGUGGAAAAUCCUUGUGUAAUGAAAGUUGGUCAUAUUGCACAUUCGCCUAUCUGCAAUGCAUUACGCUGAUAAAAAACUCUCCCCUGGCUCCUCUGAUCUUUUAUUGUGUUUCUCCUGACCCUUAAGCCUUCUUUAUGAAAUGUCUGCUGCUUUAAAGCUGAGGUUUGUGUGAUUUACCGUCAACAGAACUUGUCGUCCUGUGCCAAUGAAUAAAAAGGGAAAACACAAAGCCAUUAA